AUGAACACACCAGUCUCAAAGGUAAUGAAAAAGAACCUAAUUUAUGUGUUCUCUAUUACUCUUGUAGUUGAAUCCUUGCAAAAUUUGGUUUUAGAUACAGAGAAUGACGAGGUUAUUGCUUUACUUAACAUAGCAAAAUGCUUAUCUUAUGCCAUUGGACGUAUGGAAAACGCAGCUGAAAAGGAAAAAGCUAGAGCAGCUGCUGUUGAAGGUGUUGGAAAGCACUGGGGUACUACUUUACUUGGUCCCAACACGAUUGUGGCUGUUUCUCCUUUCGACACAGUGGUAAUGGUAACAAAAAAGAUGCUUGAGUUUCGUGUUAGCUCUGCCAUUGUAACAGUUGAUAACAAGGCUCGACAGAUUAUAAUCUCAAAUGAUAUCUUAACGCAGGUGAUAGCACAAGAUCUUCCUGCUGAAUCAACCUCAGUGGAGAAGGUGCCGACCCCUUUUCUUUUCUUCAUCACAAUAUUUUUUCUACUUAGGUUUUGUUUAUUUUCAUGA